GAUUUGUCUUCUCGCGAGAUUUGGAUCUUCUGUUGCCAUGACGCCGUGUUGUUGUAUGACGACCCCGAGCUGCUCAGCUACACAGCGUCUUGACGAUAUUUAGCUAAUUAAAACAACAUCAUGCCUCCGAAAAAGAAAGGCACAAAGUCUGCUAAGGGAAAGAGCAGUACUGUAGUGGAUGGACUUUCUACAGAAGACAUGUCGAAGGAGCAGCUGGAAGAACACAUUAUCCGGCUGCGUGAGGAGCUGGACCGGGAGCGAGAAGAGCGCAAUUACUUCCAGCUCGAAAGAGAUAAGAUACACACCUUUUGGGAGAUCACCAAAAGACAACUAGAGGAGAAGAAAGCUGACCUAAGGAACAGAGACUGAGAAAUGGAAGAAGCUGAAGAGAACCAUCAAACUGAAAUCAGGGUGUACAAGCAGAAGGUUAAACACUUGCUGUAUGAACAGCAAAACGGCAUUACCGAGCUUAAGACAGAGGCAGUGGUUGCCACCAAACUCCUGGAGAAAGAGCAGGCAGACCUGGAGAACGAGCUGCGGAGAGGCGUGCGCAGCCUGAAAGUGGACCUGAAAGAACAGGAGUUCUCCAACGAGAACUACAUCAAGAACCUAAAACUGAGCCAUGAUAAGGAAAUCACCAAACUGAGAAGUGAAUUUGAGGAAAAAGUACGAGAAAUCGAGGCUAAAUAUGAGAAGAAGAUGCAAAAACAGCGACAGGAGCAAGACCUGAGGCGCAAGACUGAAAUCCAUGAGAUCGAGCAAAGGAAGAACAUCCACAUUAACACGCUGAUAAAGAACCACGAGAAAGCGUUCAGUGAUAUUAAGAACUAUUACAGUGAUAUCACUCUCGGGAGCUUCAACCAAAUCAGCUCGCUUAAGGAGCAAGUGGCUGACAUGAAGAAGAAGGAGGAGAGGUUGGAGAAGGAGAUGGCCGAGGUGCUGCAGCAGAACAAGCGUUUGACGGAGCCGCUGCAGAAAGCCACGCAGGAAGUGUCAGAGCUGCAGAAACAGCUCUCCAACUAUAAUAAGGACAAAGCCUUACUGGCAGGAGUGAAAGCACGUCUCAAAGUGGCAGAUAAAGAGCUGAAGGACCUGAAAUGGGAGCAUGAAGUGCUGGAGCAGAGAUUCAGUAAGGUGCAGCAGGAGCGAGAUGAACUGUACCAGAAGUUCACCAAGGCCAUCCUGGAGGUGCAGCAGAAGAGCGGCUUUAAGAACCUGCUUCUGGAGAGGAAACUGGAAGCUCUUACAGACACCCUGGAGAAGAAAGAGGCACAGCUCAAUGAGGUCCUUGCUGCCUCUAAUUUAGAGCCCAGCGCCCUGAACGUGGUCACUCGCAAACUGGAGGAAGUGUUGGACUCGAAAAACGUUGCUAUUAAAGACCUGCAGUAUGAACUGGCUCGCAUGUGUAAGGCGCAUAACGACCUGCUGAGGACGUAUGAGGCGAAACUGAAGGCUUUCGGGAUCCCUGUGGAUGAACUGGGCUUUAAACCACUGGAGAGCAGCUUAGUGAAGCAGACCCUAGGUCAGGGACCAGCCGGCCUGGUGUCUGCCCCGCUCUAACCUCACUGCCUUAAACAUGUACUUUCACAUCAGCCAUAAUGCCCUGGGACUCGUCUCAUAUUCAUCCUACAACAACAACAACAACAACAACAACAAAAAUGCUGCUAUGUCUCGCUCUCUCACUUUCUCUUUUAUGAAAGAAGGAAUUCUAAAUCAGUCCCAAUAAAUAUUUUGGAAAAAGAAAUACUUUACUUACUUUUCUAACACCUGUUUUCUAACACCUGUUUACUUACCACUUUAUUAGGAACACCAUACAAAGGGAUGCACAAGGUCAGUAACAAUAUUUAGAUGCACUUGCAUUCAAGCUGUAAGCUGUGGCAGUCAUACGGUCCUCGAUUGGUAUUAAAUGCCCCAGUGUGGGCGAAGAAAACACUCCCCGCGCCAUUACACCAUCACCACCAGCCUGAACUGUUGACACGGGGCAGGUUGGGUCCGUGGAUUCAUGCUGACCCUAUUUCUUUCAGAAGAACAUCCUCUAAAGUCACUGACUUAAGUGCAACGUUUCAACAUGUAAUAAUGUAAAGCUGAAAUAAUGUAUGGAUUUAUGGUAUUUGUGUAGGUAUCAGUUGACGAUGCAUGUGAAUACGUCUAAUGGAUGAUUUAAGCCAUCAUUUCUUCUCUGGGUUUUAUUAUAAUUACAGUAACUGAAGCAGGAGAAAGUUUCAUUAAAGCAUUUCUGGUAUUUUA